UGACGACAGCAGAUUCCGAGAAGAAAUCCACACCGAGGCCAAAACCGAAACCUCCCAAAAAGGCCAAAAGGACCGUUUACUUUGAGGUGGAGAUUGUGGACUUGAAGACCAAGGAGAAACUCUUACUGCUGGAUAAGUCACACGUCUGUGCUAAAAGCAGCACGGGCAGAGACUGUGAAUACUCUCCAGUGGAGUAAGAGGAGCCGUGUUUGUUUCAGCUCAAGAACCACAGAGUCAUCACUGUUAGCAGACGGGUCAUUUUAAAGAUAAUCAUCUGCUUCACAGGCGGCCUGGUCAAGUGCAGCCAUUAUCAGUCAGGUUUUUGUAUUGAGCCGGGGUUGCAGUUAAGAGGUGAGAAUUCCCUCUUCAUCAGGCUGGAAUCUUCUGUUCUGCACUGGGCCAACAGGCGAGCAAGAGACACGCAUGUUUAUAGCAGCUUGUGUAAAUGUGCAGAGUCGCAUCAACAACAGGAGGGAUCACGUUGCAAAUGAAAACGGCAAAAUGCAAGUCUGACACAUUCCAAAAGAAACGACAACUUCUGCAGUAAAUACAGUAACACUCAUGACUGUAUUUUUUAGUUCUCAGUAUUUUAUAUUUCUUAUAUAUUCAGCUCACUAAUGUCUCUGAUAGUAAUUCUGUGUGGGUUUUGGUUGCAGGUGGAGCCAACUGCCACCAUCUUGGAUAUUAAAGCCUUGUUCCACAAAUCGUAUCAAAAGUGGUAUCCCGCCAGACAAUCUCUGCGUCUGGAUCCAAAGGCCAAGUGUCUCAGGGAUGAGGAUGUUCUGCAGACACUUCCUGUGGGAACCACUGCCAGCUUUUACUUCAGUGACCUCGGACCCCAGCUCACAUGGGGAACUGUGUUCCUGUCAGAGUGCGUAGGUCCACUGAUCAUCUACUUAAUGUUCUACUUCCGUCUCCCCUUCAUCUACUCUCCGAAAUAUGACUUCACCAGCAGCAAAUUGUGGGUCGUACACUUGGCCUCCAUGUGUCACUCCCUCCACUACGUCAAAAGGAUUUUGGAGACGCUGUUCGUCCAUCGUAUCUCCCACGGGACCAUGCCUCUCAGAAACAUAUUCAAGAACUGUGGCUAUUACUGGUGCACUGCAGCUUGGAUGGCGUACUACAUUAACCACCCUCUCUACACCCCUCCCUAUUAUGGGACGCAGCAGGUGAACGCAGGUCUUUAUAUUUUCUUGGUCUGUCAACUGGGGAAUUUUUCCAUCCACAUUGCACUACGUAACCUCAAAAUUACAGGUUCAAAAUCUAAGAAGAUUCCUUAUCCCACGAAAAAUCCAUUCACGUGGAUUUUUUGGCUCGUUUCUUGUCCGAAUUACACGUACGAGCUGGGCUCCUGGAUCGGCUUCACAGUGAUGACCCAGUGUGUGCCUGUGGCUUUCUUCACUCUCGUGGCCUUCAUCCAGAUGACCGUGUGGGCCAAAGGCAAACACCGCGGCUACUUGAAGGAGUUCAGAGAUUAUCCAACCCUGCGCGCGUCCAUACUCCCAUUCAUCCUGUAGAGCCAGAGGAAACAAAGGUCACCACACACACCCCAGCUCCUCCCUGACUGGGUCCUUUUUGUGGCCCUCCUCCAUCCAUUUGGAUGUCAGACUGUUUCCUGAGGUGAACGGCAUGGAAACAUCUUGAUCACAUGAACUCCAUGAAACGUGUCCAUCCAUUAUGAGGAGUGGCAGUUACAGACUGGUGAAUGCGGGACUGAAGGAAAUACAGAACAGUCUUAAUUUAAUGUAUGUGAAUUUGAAGACAGAGAUGAAGACAUAUCCUUUUUAUUUUGCUACUUUGAUGAGUCGUAAAAUAUGUGAUGUAGAGUUUUGUUUGCAUUAUGUCCGUAGCUGUCCGCAGUCCAAUCAGUGAAGUUUCCCACAGAGCUGGCAAACAAAGGGGCUAAUCUGCAUUGUCAAACUAGUUUGCAGCCUGGAGCUGACAACUUUGUGGCCUCACGCAGCUCAGCACUGAUCUGACAGAUCCAACUGACCUACACAUUAUUUUACUGCUGUUAGAUCUGGAUUAGAACUUGUGUUCCGAUUCCCGGGUUUUUCACCGUGGCUUAACGUUUGUCUGUACUUGAGCAUGAGUGUAUUUCUGGCAUAGGUAAAGUAACAGAGAGAACAACACUGUUUAUAGCGUGCACAGACACGUCCGCACAAAAAUACACCUCUUAGUCAUACAGGACAAUUACAUUGCAAAAGCUAUUCAGCUGAAAAAGCAAAAAGACCACGUUUCAGUCAUCAAACUUUUAUCAGUGUGUUAUGUGCAUUUUUCGUGGAGUUAGCUUUUUCCAACCUGUUAUUGUUUUGUACUUAUCUGACAAUUUGUGCAGGGUUAAAUUCAUAUACAGGAUAUUGGGGAAAAUUCAUUCAAAACCAAAAAGAUAAAGCUGUUGUAACCUAUUUUAAAUUUCACAGAAGGCUGCAUCAGCUGAGCCUCCUUAAUAAAUGAGGAAUUUGGGUGAUAUUGAAAAAA